GCGGCGAUCCCAGCGUGCACCGCGGCGCGGAACCGGCGCCGGGAGCGGACGAGAGAGGUGGUUCAGGGCGCUGCUUGCGCUCGGUGUCUGCUGGUGGCCUGAAGCUCGAGGCAGAGUCGACAUGGAAGUGAAGGAUGCCAAUUCUGCACUGCUCAGUAACUAUGAGGUGUUCCAGUUACUAAGUGAUCUGAAAGAGCAGCGUAAAGAAAGUGGAAAGAAUAAACACAGUUCUGGGCAACAGAACUUGAAUACUAUCACCUAUGAAACAUUAAAAUACAUAUCAAAAACAUCAUGCAAGUACCAGAGUCCUGAGAUUGUCAGAGAAUUUCUCACAGCAGUGAAAAGCCACAAACUGACCAAAGCUGAAAAGCUUCAGCUGCUGAAUCACAGGCCCAUGACUGCUGUUGAGAUCCAGCUGAUGGUGGAAGAAAGUGAAGAACGGCUCACAGAGGAGCAGAUCGAAGCUCUCCUCCACACUGUCACCAGCAUUCUUCCUGCAGGGCCAGAGGCUGAGCAGAAGGAAAGUACCAAUGAUGAUGUGACAAUGGCUGAAGAGGACCCAGCAUAGACGAGGACAGCUGGCCCAGGUGUCUCUUGAAGUUGAAAGACCCAGUAGCCGUUUUCCAGACAUUCAGAGGAUUGUUGAUUUACUUGAUUUUACCCUCCUACCCCAAUAGGCCUGUUUUCAUGGUUGGUUGGGUAAAUCACAAAAUAAGCCUUUCUCAAAAAAUAAACUAAAAUGAAAUACGUGUGCGUCUUGGAAAAGAAACAUGGUGAAAACAGGCUAAGGUUGUCAGGGCAAGACAGCCAAAGAGAGGAUGGAGUCACAGAGGAUGGUGACUGUGGGACCCUCUGCGGGAAAAUACUUCUUCAGUUGCCUUUGCCACAGUUGUGGGAAGGUCCCUGGACACAGCCGCUAAAAUGCUUGCAUUGCCUUUGAUGGGCUGUGUCCUAAUUAGUUUCAUCUGCUUCCUGAGGUACUUCCCCAAGCAGGGGCACAGAGCCAGGUCAGGAUGGGAGCUGAGUUAUGAGAAUCCAGUUAGAUGGCUGAAAACUCUGAGCAACAAAUCAAUGCUCUCACCUUAGAGAAUUCUUUUUCUCAAGAACAGCAGAGAUAAGAAGAAAAUUCUUUUCUGGCCUACACUUCAUUGUGUCUGGAGGCCCCUUUCUUCUGCUGGAAUGGGCUUUUGUUUACUGACUCACUAUUUGGUGGUAAAUGUUAGGGCACCAGCUCAUUCUAGCUGGCAGUCCAGACUGAAUGGCAGUAGCCACAGAAGUACAAUGUUGCCUGCCUUUCUGACCACCUUCAGUUUCCUGCCCUGGCAUAGGAGCUCUGGGCAGGCACCACCUGUUGAGCUGGGUGAGCUUGAAUUGCACAAUGGGCAAAUUGUUUGCAUUUUAAAAAGGGCACAAUUAUGUAGCUCUUUCAUGGGCAGAAUAUGAAGAACUAGACGUUGAUUAAUAAGAAUUUUAAUUUGUUGGCUUUAGCAAGGUUGCAUCAGUUUUUGAAUUUAAAAUAUUAGGAUGAUUACCAUGUGAAGAGCUUGUUAAUAUUCAGGCUUUGAGAGUCUAGUAGCUGCACAUGUGGUUGCCAUAGGUCCUAGGAAUAUUGCUAACAAUUUCCCACAUUCACUCUCCCUAUUUGGGGAAGAAAAUGCCUGUAUACAUGAAUUUUCCAAAUUAAUACUCAUUUUGUUGUAAUAUUACAUAUUUUCAGUGCUGCUAUUAGUUGGAUUAUUUCCUUCCCCCUUAUAAUUUCCAGGUUAUUUCAGCCUCCCAACCACCCCUGCCACCUGCAAUUAUGUCAGUCAUCAUCUAACAUCAACCUUUUCAUCUAAGGAUCAGCUUAGCUCUCCUAACAGGCAAAAUUGAAAUUAACAGGGCAUUUAUUUUGAAAUCUCUUGAAUAUUGGGAGCCUUACCAGGAGUUGUUGAUGUAUUUGCCAAGGCAUAUGUGUGCUCAUGUCAUUGUUCCAUUUUCACCUUGAAUGUGCAAGAUGUUUUUUCUUGAUGGAUUUAGGGCUUAAUCUAGUUAGUGAUAAAUUGUUUCCAGUUGACUGCCAACUUCUGAUUUUUUUUAAUCUUUGAAGAGUUUGAUUUGCCAUGGAUAGAAAGAAAGUAAAAUUUUGAUUUAAAAUAAAAAAUAUGUAAUUUUUUUUUCCUUAUUUA